AUGAUCAAAAGGCUAACUCAAAAGUUAAACAAACCAUUUCAUAACUUAUCAACACAAGAAAGAGCUCUUUUGAUUUUAAGACUUGGAACUGCAUUUUUAUCAAUAGCUUGUUUUCUUGUUCUACUUAUCGGACCAAUAUUUUCAAAUUCAUUCAAUAUCAGUAGAAUAAAUUGUGCUCAUUUAGACGUAGCAUAUGGACUUUAUAAGUCGUUAAGAACUUCAGUUGUUCUGGCACCAUCAAUUUUAGGUGGUGGUGAAAAUUAUCUACUGGGAAAUAGUUUAACUAAUAGUGAAAUCACUUUAUUGACGGAUUAUGCAGAGAGUCAAGUUGCAGGAGCUCCUCAAUAUUGUCUUACAACAUUAUGGCGUUGGUGUUACGGAAAUUAUGAUUCUCAUGAAACUAUAGGUAGACAAGGUCAAAGAAUUACAGUAAAAGUUAAUGAAAUUGUAACUUGUGUUAAAAAUAAAAAAUAUGUAUUUGAUUAUAGAACUCAAUUAGAAGAAAUAGGAUUACAAAGUAUAUUAGCAUAUGCUUAUCAAGGACAAAUUUCUAAUGAAACUGAUUAUGAUAAAAGUAUUGCAAAAAGAAAUCAUACUUUUCAAUUAGCUUUAAAUGCAAUUAUAUUUUCAGAUUGUGUUCAAUUUUUUUUAAUUUGUGCAAUAUUUGUUGUUUAUUCAAAUAGAAAACAAGCAAAAGAUUUAAGUAGAGUUCCAAGUUUUAUACUUCAUAUAUUAUCAAUAUUUGCUGUAAUGUCAUUUUGUAGUUCAAUAAUUGGACUGGCUUUAAUAACAAAUUUAUUAAAAAUUACAAAUGAUGAAAUAAGUAGUAAAUUAGGAGAUUUUGGUGUAUAUUUUGAAAGAGGUUCAAGUUGGUUUACUGCUUUAUGGUUAUCAACUGUUGGUUGUACUAUUUCAAUGUUAAGUUGGGCUUUUCCUAUGUGGUGUGCAAAUCCUCCAGAAGAGAAAAAUAAAUAUAAAGGUAGAUUAGGUAUUUAA